AAUGAAAAUGAAUGAUAAUGUUAGAUUUCUGAAAUACUCCGUAAAAUUAACUUGUCUUUGUCCUUAUACAGUACAGUAGUACUAUAAUCUAAUUACACCGUCUCUUGCACUUGGCGCUUUAAUAGGUAUACGCCCCUUUUCGGUUUUCUUCUGUGAAUUGUUUCUCUAGUCACACACACACACACACACACAGUUGGCUGUACAAUUGGAGGAGGAAAAUGGGAAAUCGUAGGUUCCUUGCGACGAGCGACGACGAGGACGAAGCUCCUCCGGCACCUCGGAGUACCAACGAGGAGGGGAGGCGGAAGAGAAUGAAGCUCUCGGACGAAGAUGAGGAAGAAGAGGAACAAGAAGACGAGAGUAAGAAGAAGAACAAGAAUUCCGCCGAAGAAGAAGAAGCCCUAGCUGCUGCUGCUGCUGCUAGUGACGGCGAGGAAGAGGAGCCCGUUCUCGAGGACGCCAAGCCCUUGGGCGAAGUGAUUAGGAGCUCUGGGAAAGGUAGGGGCCGGAGAACUCAUUACAAAUCCUUCGAGUAUGAUGGCCUUCGUUAUGAUCUGGUUAGUGAUUUUCUCCGAAUUUACUCCCAAAUUACGGAAAUGAGGAUCUUUUUAAUUUCCCCUUGUUGAUCAUCGUUUUGAUUUUUGUUUCGUGGGGGGUUUUUUUUUUUCCCCAUGAUUGGUGUUUGUGAACAUGCGAAUUCGUGCUUAUGUGAAAAAAAUGGAACCUUUAUCGAAUUAACAAUCGUAAUUGUAGUUUUAGUUUCAAGACAAAUUUGUGAUCUUAUUAUUUGCAGACUGCUCACUCUCUCUGGAAGUUUGCGUUUGGGUUGUGUGACUAAGUGGUUCAACAAGUGUGUUGGGUUGAUGUUCAAUCGACAUCCGUCUUAUCGUUUUGAUGAUUGAAUUAACAUAUGGGAAAUGAAUUAGAGGUCUCUGUUAUGGUCCUAAUGGUAAGUCGGAAGGGAAUGUGAAGUAUGUGUACGAUAUUAGUUUGAUGGGUGUAAUCUCUAUGUCAGUUCCCCUGAUAUGUUCUUCCAAGCGUUGGUAAGUUUUUACUGAUUGCAAAGAACAAGUAACUGGGCCUGUGUAAGAGUGAAUUCGAAUUCUGUUCAUUUGAAGAUUAUAUCGGGAUCUACCUUGUUGAGAGAACUUUACAUGCUUGGGAGCCCAUCCCGUGUGGUCCUUUUUCUGAAACUACAAUUUGUGCAUGAAUUGUAGACUCAUAAUGGAUUUUGUGAUUUUGUUUAGGAGGAUCCUGUGCUGUUGGUUCCUGAGGAGAAAAAUCAGAAGCCAUAUGUGGCCAUUAUUAAGGAUAUCUCUCAGAAGGGGGAUGGGAGCAUGAUGGUAACCGGGCAGUGGUUUUAUCGUCCUGAAGAGGCAGAGAAGAAAGGUGGUGGAAAUUGGGAAUCUAGUGAUACAAGAGAGCUAUUCUACAGUUUCCAUCGUGAUGAGGUUCCUGCAGAAUCUGUAAUGCACAAGUGCGUGGUGCAUUUUAUUCCUAUUCACAAGCAGACUCCCAGUAGAAAGCAGCAUCCUGGUUUCAUAGUUCGAAGAGUAUAUGAUACUGAACAACGAAGGCUUUUCAAGCUUACUGAUAAAGAUUAUGAGGAUAACAAACAGGAAGAGAUUGAUCUCCUUGUUCAGAAGACAAUGUCACGCCUGGUAGAUCUUCCUGACAUUGAGCCAGAUAAUGCUGCUGCUGAUCAAGAAAACCUGAUAAGGAGUAAGAGGCUUCUCAGGAAAAAGAGCAUGACCCCGCUGGAUGUUUCUCGAGAUGAGGAAGCACCAACAAGAUCAGGGCAGUCUCUUAAAGUUGAAACACCGGGAAGUACUGCAACUAAUACAUCCGAGUAUUUUACAAUUCUUUCAAAGUUCAAGGCACUGACAGGCGAAACACAGAGGGAUAGGUGGCUGGAAAAACUACUACAAGCGAUUCAAUUUGUAUGUGUCUCGGCCAAUGACAGUCAGGACGAUGGACAAGGUGGCAAAGGAGCCCCCGAGAGUGGAAACGAGAGCAAGAAAGUAGAUGUUCCAUCCAUUUCUUGGCCGGACAGAGCUGUUCCUGCUGUAACAGCACUUGAGAAAGCUUCUCAUGAGGCUCUGUCUGCUGAUUUUCAAAAGUAUAAUCAAAAGAUGAGGCAAUUAUCUUUCAAUCUCAAGAACAAUGCCUAUUUAGCCCGGCGACUUCUCAAGGGAGAGUUGGAUCCUUUGCAAAUUUCAAACAUGACGCCUGCUGAAUUAAAGGAGGGUUUGACGGCAGAGGAGAUAGCACGCAGGAAACCUGAGGAGUCUGAGCGGCUACAGAUGACAGAUGCUCGCUGCAGAAGGUGCAGGGAGAAAAAUGUAGGUGUUAGAGAAAUAAUUCAGACUGGCCAUGGGGAUCGCUAUCAGCUGGAAUGCAUUGCUUGUGGGAACUUGUGGUAUGCUUCCAGAGAUGAGGUGUCUACUUUAUCGAUCGAUGAGGCUAGUUCGGCUAAGACGGUUGGGACUGUACCUUCUGCAACUGCCAAGUUUGAAGAGGUCGAAAAGAAAUUGAUCAGUCCCCGUGGAGGAGACAAAUUGGAGGAAGAUGGUCCUAAGAAGGCAACUGAGGCAAGCGUGCCUGUGGUGGACAGCUGAAAUAUUAGAUGUGAGAGCUUAAUAAAAUCGACUGUGCUACCUACUGAUAGGAAACGUGUAGAUCAGAAAGUUAUGUUAUAGAUGACACGAUGAAUAGGAUUCAGGAAAAAAGCAUCUUUCAGUAGCAUCGCUAGUAAUUUAUGAGUCUUGUUUGGUAGUGUUCUGGACCACUAAUUUUCUCGUACCCAAUCGUCGAUAUAAACAUUUUUAUAGGUUUAGUUGAUAAAUGCAGGCGGGAAGGUUAUCAUAUUGGGUUCAAAAGCCAGGUAUAAUAUCUUUGAAGUACAGGAGUCGUAACUUUGGAAGAAAUGCAUGUUCCCCAGAAGAAAUUAAUGUGAAGUGCUGUCUAACUUAUAACUGAAGAAAAGUGGUGACCCAAAUUUCAAUCUGGUUUAACAUGGCAAAUUAUUAUUUGGAAGCGAAAAGAGUAAUUUCCAAAUAAAAAAUCUAGCUGAAGGUGUAUGCAAACCACAAGGAGGAGUACAUUGAUUGAUAAAAUCGGCA